AUGUCCAAUCACUACUACAAUGAGCUUUGGCACCAGACGCAACACGAAGUUGAUCUUUUGGCGACCGCCGAUGAGCAGCAGGGACAAAAUUUCGAGACCGCUCUUGCUGCUUUGGCAUUAGCUCUGCCAGAUGUAGAUACCGUUACCGAGCCGAAAAGGCUCAUGCAAUCUAGUGUCUAUGAGUUCUACUUAAGCUACAUAAGCAUCGCAAAUCGCUUAGAGGAGGUCUACGACAAGAUGAUACAACCGCAAAAGCGUUUAUUGGUACGCAAACUACUGGACGCUUGUCUGGUGCGUGUUAUUGAACUCAAACACGACCUAGUCAAUAUUGACCUAAUGGAGUUCAAUUACAAUGAUGCAGUGCUGAUACGACUUCAACUAACGCCCAUGGACACUGAGUUGCAUAUACCACGUUACUUCCUACGCGAACGUCAGCAAGAAAUCGAGCAGCGCAAUCGUAUCAUGCAUGAAAUACUCGUCAAGCUGGGUUGGUUGGAGGAGCAUCCCAGUGAGGAGAAGCUAAGCGAAAUCGAAGCCAUACGUCUGCUGCAGAUGCAUGAGCGAGCGCGUCAGGGCCGCCUGCGUGCGCAUUUCAUGAAGGAGAUACGCAUGCUAAAAGAUAAGGGCAAGGCAGAGGAGAAGGGUAAGGAACGCAGUGAUAUGGGACUGUUAGCCGCAAUGAAGAUACAAAAGGUAUGGCGUGGCCAUACGGCACGUCGCAUUACGCGUAGGCGCAAGCAAGAAGAGAUGAUUCUGAUUGGAAUGGUGCCGCCAACGGCAGCGAUGCUAAAGAAGCGCGCUGAAAAAGAGGAAAAGUUAAAUGAGCGUCGCUAUGCAACACAAGCGGCAUACAAGCAGAAGCUCGAGGCAUCCCUAGUCGCCGUGCGUGAGGAUAUCAAGUGCAAACAGGGUGCCACAAUAACCGAAGACAUAACCGAUGAAUUACGUGCCUGGAUAAAAGAUUGUUACGACAAAACCGGCAAAUUGCCUGAAUUUCCAAGCGAAGAGCAGGGUGGCUCGCUGCAUAUUUUUAGUCGGCCAGGCACCGAAAGUGAGUUGAGCCGUUCCUCAGCACGAUCUUCAAAGGAGUCACGCAAAACCAAAGACAAAUCAAAAUCACCAGCACGUAGCGGAGAUUUAAAUAUUAACGAUACCCAAGCGGAGGGAGAAAAUUUUCAUCCUGGACAAUCUGUGGUUCUCGCGGAUAUCAAAACUGUAAUUGAAGAAUUCAAUGAAGUAUGGCGCAACAAAGACGAAGCCGGCAACCUGGCUCAAGCGCAAUACAAUGAUAUGAUAUACAACGAGAAGUAUCAGGAGAUCGAGCACGAGAGUCGUCGCAUUGUGGACGAAUUAAUGCGUCAAGAGUUAGAAUUGCUGCAGUCCGCAAUUGGUAAAAAGAUCAAAAAGAGCAGCAAGAAAACUCGCCGCUCGGGCAAAAAGAGUAAGAAGAAGAGAGAAAAAGAUCUUACACCCGAUCGCACAACCGAAUCACUGUACGAGGAGCUAGUGACCAAUGGUAUUAUACGCAAGUAUCCCGAAGUAAGACUUAGCCAAUAUAUAGGCGAUAAGGCGUUAAGCGAACGCUCCGGUACUAAUCCAUCGGCCGGCGACAUACGUCAGCUUCUUAUCGAAUACUGUAUACUGCCACUUGGUUCCGAGGCCAUACGCAAUUCAUGUCCACUCAUACGCUCCCUACUACUCGCCGGUCCACGCGGUUCGGGUAAGAAGGCGUUGUUGCACGCGAUUUGCACUGAAGUUGGUGCUGUACUGUUUGACUUAACACCCGCAAAUAUUGUGGGGAAAUAUCCAGGAAAAUCCGGUCUUAUAAUGCUGAUACAUUUGGUAUCCAAAGUAUCGCGUUUGUUGCAGCCUGCUGUUAUCUAUAUGGGCGACGCAGAGCGGCCAUUCAUGAAGAAAGUGCCAAAGGCUGAUCGCACCGACCCGAAACGCUUGAAGAAGGAUUUACCGCGUUUGAUUAAGAAUAUUGCACCAGAGGACCGCGUGCUCUUCGUGGGUACUUCAAACUUACCCUGGGAAGCGGAUCAAAAGUUGCUACAGCAAACCUACAAUCGUUUCAUUUAUAUACCCAGACCGGAUUAUGGUGCACGAUCGAGCGCUUGGAAAACACUGGCUAUCGAAUACACCGGUGGUUUAUCUACUUUGGACUAUAGUGUAAUGGCGAAAAUUUCAGAUGGCUACACUAUUGGAGCUAUUGAUUCCUGUUUGAAAGAAGUAUUGACUUGUAAGCGAAAGUUACAGCUACGCACACAGCCUCUGUCACAUGCAGAGCUAAUAAAUGCAUUGAGCACACGGGAUCCAGUUUAUCGCGAGGAAGAGGAGGCAUUUGACUCCUGGUGGUCGAAAACGCCGCUCGGCAGACGCUAUGAACGUGCACUGGAGAUCGAAGAGGAGGCGCGCUUGGAAGAAGAGGAGAAAAAUGCUAAACAAGGCAGUAAUGGCAAGAAAAAGUAAACUUUUA